CUAACGAGUUCCUGAAAAGGCUCUUGGUCUUGAUUCACAUGAGCUCUGGCCAGCCGCUGCGCGAGAGUGAGCUCUUUUCCGUCACCUGGCGUAAUACCUAGCGGCGGCGGAACGUCUACCUCAAGCACGGGCUGGUCAUGCUACACACUACGUACCACAAGGGGCAGCAGCAGACGGGCAAGUUCAAGGAUAACAUCCGGUUCUUGCCUGCGCCUAUUGGGGACCUCUUGCUGGACUACUUAGUAGCUGUCAUUCCGCUCCGUCAGGUCUUCCUCCGCCAGUCUGCCCCGCACGCUGUUAUAUCCCCUUACCUGUGGUGGAGAAAUGGCAGGGUCUGGGUUGACAACCGGCUCACGUAAUGCAUGGAGCAGUCGUGUACUCGGGCUGGCAUCCCCCGGUUACACAUCGCCAACUAGCGGCAGAUGACGGUCAAUAUCGUCAAGACUAAGUUUGUAGCUAACGUCGGGUGCUUUGAGGUCGACGACGGGGCUAACGACGAGGAUGCUGAAGAGAUCGAGGCUGACAUCCGGGUUAUGACCAAGCAGCGGAACUAUAGCACGCGGACGGUCAACCGCGCCUAUGCCAACUAGCACAAUGCUAACUUUAGCAACGUGUGGGAUGGUCUUAUCCGCCGGAA